AUGAAGAAAAUCAAUGUUUAUUAAAUAAUUCAAUAAAAUGUGUUGAGAAAGAGGCGAGAAUUUGCAAAAAUCAUGUGCUUAUCGAUAUAACGGCAAUAACAAAAAAGACCAAGGAGUACAAUAAAAAGCCAAACCAACAGUUGCUCAUUUGAAAAAAAAAAAAAGAAAAAACUUGAACACCACACUCUCUUGCUCGCAAGCUGACAUAUGUUUAUUAUGCGAAGAACAAUUGAGACAGUACACAGACUGAGAGCAUUCCAAACACCCGUCUUUUGGAGAAGCAGAGAGAUUGGGGAAUUGUUUUUGGUAUGUGUGUGUGUGUGUGUGUGUGUGCGAUGAUUAUAAAACGAUACGAAGAGUUGAGCGAAACCUCUCAAUUAUUAUUUACUUUUGUACAAAAUCAGCACAAUUCGGAAAAGAAAAUCGGGGGAAAAAAAGUAGUUUCACAAUUUUUUGCAAUUAAUAUCUUUUUCAAUUUUCUUUGUUUUGUAGAUAUUUGCGAGUACUCGUUAUAUCGUUCGUAUUUUUGCAAUUUAAUACGUUUUUAAUCUUUCAUUAUCUACACUGCAUAAUUUUGUUGUUGUUGUUUUUUUUUAACUUUUUAUUAACAUAUUAUCAAACGUGUUCAGGCAUAUAAAGAUGCAAUUUUUCCAUUACUCAUCCCAUGGUCGACAUCAAACCAUUCCUCUUCAUUCAACAUUACUUAUCAACAUAUCCACAUUCGUUCAUGGCUUUUACUCACAACGAUUUCCACUGAUGGCACUCAUCUUACUCGAUUAUCACAAUAGUUUUCCCAUGUUACUAAUGGCGACAAUAAUUUGAAAUGAAAAAGAUGUGAAAAGAACAAACCGAAAUAACAAAAGAAAGGAACAACAACAAUAUAAAAUUUUUACUUAGAUUGCAAACUUUACCUUUAACAGAUUUUUUUCUAUAUAUUAUUAGCAGUCUUAUUAAAAAAAAGUAAUAGUAAUUAAAUAUUGAAGUGCCAUAAACUUUUCUUGCCAUUCAAUCAUCGUGAAAACAUUGAAAUAUGUUUAAUGGAAAAUAUUGAAAUGAUUUUAUAACGUACUGGGAAUUGCUGUUUCAAUUUUUAAAUUGAAGGUAACAUUAACGUAAACAUCUGUGUUUGUAAAUAUAUUUUACAGACAUGUUUAUACCGAUUAUUUGUAAAUUAUAAAAUAUCAAAAGUGAUUUAAAAGUGGAAAAGCUUGUUGAAAAACUAAAUGUUGGAGGAAUCUUUCACUAUAUCCAUGCGCAUAUGUCAAGAAGGGCACGCGAACGCUUUAGCUUUGAAUAAAGACUACUCUCAAAUUGCGGUUGCCGGCAGAAGUUUACUAAAACUAUAUUCCAUUGAAAAUGAUGGCUUCACUGAGGUAUGCAAUAUGCGUGGUGGAAAAAAUCAAAAUUUAAGUUAUUCAUCAAAUGAUGUAGCGUGGAGUGCUUUAGACAGUAAUAUAUUAGCAACCGCGGCUACAAACGGAGUUGUUUCGGUAUGGGAUUUAUCGAAAUUUGGGAGACAAAAGCAAUUGCUAGUGUACAAUGACCAUGAACGCACCGCUCAUACGGUUACAUUUCAUAGCGGUGAAGCGAAUAUUUUGAUUUCAGGUUCCCAAGAUGGUACUAUCAAAUGCUUCGAUACGCGUUGCGAUAAAGCUAUUUACACAUUUUACAGUAAUUCAGAAUCAGUUAGAGAUGUGAAAUUCAGCCCGCAUUGCAAUAACGUAUUCUCGGCUGUAUCAGAAAAUGGUACUGUCCAGUUAUGGGAUUUAAGAAGGGGUGAGAAGUGCUUAUUGCAAUUUACAGCACACAGUGGUCCAAUUUACACCUGUGAUUGGCAUUCAACAAAUAAUUGGUUGGCCACAGGGAGCAGAGACAAACAAAUUAAGGUUUGGAAUAUGGAUGGUAAAAAUUCACUGGAAUACACUAUACAUACCAUAGCAGUUGUUGGGCGUGUCAAGUGGCGGCCAGAACGAACUUAUCAUAUUGCCAGUUGCGCUCUCGUUGUGGACUAUAGUAUUCAUGUAUGGGAUAUUAGAAGACCAUUUAUUCCUUUUGCUUCGUUUAAUGAUCAUACAAACGUUACGACUGGAAUAGCGUGGAAGGGCAAUGAUUCGCAUUGUUUACUGUCGACAAGCAAAGAUUCUACUAUUUACAAACAUGCAUUUAAGGACGCUUCCCGUCCGGCAAUUAAGGCUAAUUCGCAAGGUGCUAGUUCGGGGCGUGGCGGUGAUAUAUCGUUCGCUGAUAAAAAGAAAGUUUAUUCAAUAAUUACUGCAACACAAAUGAUGAAAAUUAAUCCAUUGAUAGCUCGACAGAAAUCGAUUAAUGGUACAGAACAAUUUCAUAUAGCCGAAUCGAAUAUGUGUAGAUUUUUAUUAAAAUCCUCGUAUACGGGAUACAAUGCAGAUAAUUCGGUACCACUUAAGGAACAUGAAUGCUUCUUUGGUUGCGCUAAAGAGUUAAUAUUCACAGGUAAAAAACUAGGCGACAUUUGUGAUCACAAUGCUAUGGUAUCGCGCAAAUAUGGUAAACACAAUGCCACAACUUUAUGGAAUUUCAUAAAAGUGCUUUAUGCUUCCAAUGAGUUUAAUAAACAAAAAUAUGAGCAUCGGAAUUCAUUUUCGAAGCAAAAAAAUUGCCAAACCUCCCGUAGGUCAACGCAUGCGAUCAACAGUGACGUCCUAAUGAAAUGGGAUCAUCAUGAAAAUAACAGUGGUAUUGGGUCCGCCGAUGGCAAUGAACUUAAAUCGCAAGACGAGGAUGCACUCUUAGAUGCCAGCGAUUCUGGUGGCAAACAGACAUAUCCUCCUUACGGUUCAGUUAUUUUGUCAGAAACUCAAAUCUUAACGGAAAUCACUUUUGACAAUUUCGAUGUGCUGCGUAAUGGAUUCAUUUAUGUUGGGCCUCCUGAUUUUACAAAAGCUUUAGCAUUUCCUGAUACUGCUUUGCACUGUGAUGUUCAAGCGGCUAGACCGCAAUUGGAUAUAAAGGCUCAAGAUCGUGCAAAGUCGCCGCCCCCCAAUGUGCCGGCUAUUUUAAAAGUCAACCACAUACCUCCUAUUCCGAUGUGGGAGCCUCAUCAGUUCAUAGCGGAUGCAUUAAAAUUGCAGAACGAUGUAGGUGAUGUACAAACCGCUCUAGCUGUCCUAAUAGCGAUGGGUGAAAGUCGAAAAUAUUUACCGAUUGAAGAAAGUUUAAUUGAGCAUUGGUUCCAGACUUAUAUUGAUCAAUUGCAUCGCUAUCAAAUGUGGAACGAGGCUUGCACCGUAAUAAAUCUUGCUUGGAUUGCAUCUGUGCAAGAAUUGAAUCAAAAAUCGACAACUGUUUACACAAAUUGUGGCGAUUGCGGACGUCCAUUGAGUGGUAGUGCCGGUUGGUAUUGUCAGAAGUGUAAAUCUAUGCGUUCAUCAAAGUGCUCCAUAUGUGGUUUAAUUGUAAGAGGUGUGUAUGCAUGGUGUCAAGGCUGCUCACAUGGAGGUCACAUCGAACAUUUAAUGGAAUACUUUUCGAAUCGCUCUAUUUGCCCAAUCUGUGGUCACUUGUGUGAGUAUAAUUAAUGAAUUUGACCAAAAAUAUUACACUAGGAUUAAAUAUGUUAAGUAAUGCACAAACUUUCUGUUUUAAACGAAUAUGGUUUUUCUUUUUUGCAUACAUUUUAUUAUUAAUUUAUAAAAGUACUUUUAAAAGGUAAAAUACACACCACCUGGAGCAUCAAAGAUUGGAUGCAAAAUGCAUAUACAAAAAAAAAAAAAAAAAAAAAAAA